AUGUCUGGAUUCAGAUCGGUCGUGUAUUUUGUUAACUGGGCAAUCUAUGGACGCAACCACAAUCCCCAGGAUCUCCCGGCAGACAAGCUUACGCAUGUGCUUUACUCCUUCGCCAACGUCCGCCCUGAAAGCGGCGAAGUUUAUCUGACGGACACCUGGUCUGACACGGACAAACACUAUCCCACCGAUUCAUGGAAUGACCAGGGCACCAAUGUCUAUGGCUGCAUCAAGCAGCUGUAUCUACUCAAGAAACAGAAUAGAAAAUUGAAAGUGCUACUUUCCAUUGGCGGCUGGACAUAUUCAUCCAACUUUGCACAGCCAGCAAGCACAGAAGCGGGUCGAGAGUUCUUUGCUAGAUCGGCUACGAAGCUGAUCCUUGACCUGGGGCUCGAUGGUAUUGAUAUUGAUUGGGAGUACCCCCAAGACGAUGCACAGGCUCAGAAUUUCGUUGCUCUUCUUCAAAAAUGUCGUGAGACUCUCGAUCAAGCAGCGGGCCCGUAUAGGAGGUUCCUUUUGACAAUUGCUUGUCCAGCAGGGGCAUCGAAUUUCCAGAAACUUCGUCUUCGUGAAAUGACACCUUACCUAGAUUUCUACAAUUUGAUGGGUUACGAUUAUGCCGGAUCAUGGGAUCAACUUGCUGGCCACCAAGCCAACCUAUUCCCAUCAAACCAAAACACUGCAUCAACGCCAUUUUCCACUGUCAACGCUCUUGAUUACUACAUUAAAGCUGCCGGGGUUCCGCCCUCGAAAAUGGUGCUGGGAAUGCCUCUAUACGGCCGCGCCUUUCAAAACACCCAAGGGCCCGGCACACCGUACAACGGCGUGGGCGAAGGUAGCUGGGAGCAAGGCGUGUGGGACUACAAGGCACUCCCUCGACCCGGUGCAAUUGAGCAGGUAGAUCCCCAAAUUGGCGCGUCUUGGUGUUAUGAGAACGGGACAAUGGUUAGCUAUGACAAUGUUCAAGUUGGCGAGAUCAAGGCCGGCUUUAUUCACUACAAUGGCCUCGGCGGAGGCAUGUGGUGGGAAAGUAGUGGUGAUAAAGGAGGACAAGCCGCUGAAAGAGCGGACGGUUCUCUAAUCGGUACUUUUGUGGACACUGUUGGAGGCGUGGCUGCUUUGGAUCAGUCGCCGAAUAAUCUGGAUUUUCCCGAAAGCAAGUUUGAUAACAUCAGGGCUGGCAUGCCAGGGCCUUGA